AUGAUCAACGUCAUUAGUGAAACUCGCUCCAAACAACAGACCAUUGGCAGCAUUACGGAUCAGGAGGAGGAGAUCAAACUUCGACAGAAGAAGCGUAACCAGCUUGCUAGCUUCUGUAAGUUGGUCAUCUAUGGCGUUAUUGACCUGACGGCUGCCACAGACGUCUUCAAGUACUAUGACAAGUGCUUUCAGGACUUUGGUGACAUAAUCAAAGAGACCAUAAUGAAGACAAAGCUCAUCAACCCUGUUUUGAGUGCCAGGACUCUCUGCCUGACUAUACAGCAGCUGUAUACAGAGAUGUUAACAGAGGUGGUCAGCAAGAAGAAUAUUGACGAGAUUAGACAUUUGGCCAGGAAGCUCGCCUUGACUUUUGGGAAUAACCUUGUGAAUGCUUGCAAACCACUGGUCUAUCUGCAUAUGGAUGGCAUACGUUUUGCCUUCCGAGCACCCCAGGAAGGGGAAGAGCAAUACCCCAAUGUGGCCUUCCUGGAAAUCCUUAGCGAGUUCAGCUUUAAGCUACUGCAACAGGACAAGACCCAUUUGGCCGGUUUCCUGAAAUCCCAGUGUCCCUCUGCUCUCCUCUCUUGGCAAUCAGUCAGCGUGUACUGGCGCUCUCUGGAGGGCACUGCUGCCAAGCUGAGGGACAAAGCUGAAGCAGUCAGUCCACAAGCCAUCCCAGUCGUCAAACACCAGAAGACCACUACUCGAGGUUCACAUGCCACCUCCAGGAAAGAAUCCCGGUUGGACAGCAGCAGUAUCCAUGGUGGUCUACCCACCCCGACCCUCACCUCCACUGCCCAGAAGCAGCCACGCAUUGUUGCGUGCACGAGUGAUGUCCUCUUGGAAUCCGAUAUUGGCAGUGAUUCGACUGAACUGGAGUCUGAGGAUGAAUUCUCCUCAGGAUCCCAGAUGCCGGAUUUGAUUCUCACGAAGAGAUCAAACUCCACCGAAGAUGACAAAGAACCAAGCACAUCCUUAUUGCCGCCGAUGGAGGAGUGCGACGUAGAGCAAGAGGAACCAAUGUCUGAUGAAGCUGAAAGUGAUUCUUCAUCCGUGCCGCCUUCCACCCAGCACAGAAGUGUCUUUGAACUGUUCAACUGAGACACACUAGCCAACAGUUUUUUGUUCUGUUUUGUUAUAGAAGGAUGUUCCUAAAGGAUUUCAGCCAAUAAUUUUGUUGGAGUCUUAGCAAGCACUAUGAAAUGGAUUUUAAAAGGCUCUACAUUAUUGUUAGGAUACCGUAAGUUGUUGUUGUUGUUGUUGUUCAGAAGAGCUGUUUUAUUUUGAUUGGUAUACUUGUUUGACUCUAAUGGUGAAAUGUUCAAAUCUGUCUUGAUCAUUAAUCAUAUGAAUUUACUAUGCCCUCAUAUUUGUUAUGCAUUCAUACUUAAAUAUUUUCAAUACUAUAUUGUAUAUAGUGAAAUACAAUAUUUUCAAUAUGGUGAUGUGAUUCUCAGUUUGAAUAAAAUGCUCUGGAGAAGAAAA